CUCCUUCUUUGCAACAUGGUGGGCCGGUAUAGCAGAUCCAACGGCUCAUAUUUUUGGCACGUCACCAACAGCAAAUUGACGGGCCCAAUUUGUCAGCCCCACGGCCCAUCACGAACUCGACAACUUCAAACCCAGUGCUCAGAUAUGGAAGCGACUCUCUCAACACUGAGUGCCGAAAUGGAGUUCGCGAACAGAGUGGUGAGCGCGGCGAUUAAAGCGACGAACAACAACGCGGUAAUCAACGUGGGUUUGGUGGGGUCGUUCGUGGUGCUGGCCGUGAGAUCGUUGAACCAGCAGAGAGACAUCGAGGCCCUGGAGGCCCAGAAGGACUCGCUUACCCAUUCCAACAAGGCAGUGAAGAAGGCGAUGUGGGAGUGGAAGCAACAGCUCUUCGCUGAAGCCUCCUCCACUGAAUCCGCUCUCGUCCCACUCACCAGGCUCAAAGCCAUCUACGGGGAAGCCGUAGAGCCCCAAAUAGAGGAUGCAUUGAAGGAAGAUGCAAAAUCGUCUGCCUCAAAUUUUGUAGUCUGAAGCUGGUUUUUCUAGUUCUCGAGGAUGCAAGCAUUUCAGACACAUUGAUUGCUGAUGAGCGAAGCUGUUCCUGGGAGACGAAAAGCGAAUUGAUUUUGCAUUGUUCUUCGUUUAAUUGGUAUGUAGACCAACGAUAGCUCGGAAUUUCCCUUUAAAAAAACACUAUGGUUAGUUCUGUAAAAUCUAUUACUUUAGAAGGAAAGCAAAAUAAACAAGCUGCUAGGGUUUGUGUUUUGUUAGCCUCAUUGUGUUAUUUCAGUUCCUGUAAAAACAAUCAUUUUACAAGAUGAAAGAGUUAAGCUGAACCUCUGUUUGUUGA